AGCACACUGAACGCCGCCAUCGCCGCCCCCCACCGGCGCCACAUUCCAGCGGCAUCACGUCACACGCGGGGCACCGGCACCCUCGGUCGACAGUGUCUGCAUCGCACGACCGACACGACAAGCUGACUACUAACGAACGACUCCGUCUCUUGUCUUCACCACAUCUGCCAUGCCCGCGCCCAACACAAAAUACCACGUCAUCGUGAACCCCAUCGCGGGGACCGGCUCGGCGCCGACCUCUGGCCUUAUCAACGACCAUGUCUGCAACCUGCUCGAGAGCCUCGGCAUCCCUGCCGACGUGCACGUCACUGAGAGCGUGAAGGACGCCGGGCGGAUCGGGCGCGAUAUCGUGCUUGAGCGGAUUGAUACGCCCGCCGACGGAGUCACGCGGGUCGUUGUAGGGGGAGGCGACGGCACCGCGCACGAGUUCAUCGAGGGUGUCCUCGAGGCGGUCAAGGAGAAGGGCGUGGCCUUGGGCAAGUGGGCGCUGGUGACGCUGCCUCUCGGCACUGCGAACGCACUCCACUCGACCCACUUCCCACCCGACGCGGCGCCGCUGCCCAUCCCCCCGGCGCUAGCCCCGGCACUGGGCGACAUUUCGCCGCAAGUCCACCAGGCGCUAUCAAGCCUCUUCCUUGCGCUGUCCGACGCCGCACCUCGCCCGCUGCCCAUCACGCUGACCUCGCUCGUGGGGCGAGACGGGACAGUCUCCGAGGUGGUCCCGGACCACAUUGUGCUCUCGACGUCGUUGCACGCGGCCAUCUUGUCCGACUCGGACGCGCUGCGCGAGCAGCAUCCCGGGCUGGAACGGUACAAGCUCGCUGCGGCGCAGAACAUCACCGUCUUCUUCCCGGCCGAGGUGGAGCUCGUGCCGGACGCCGAGCGCGGGGUGCGACAGUACGACCCGCGGACCAAGGCCUGGGUCGCGCCGUACACCCAGGACUCGGAGGCAGCGGGCAGCGUGCGCCUCAAAGGCCCAUUCACGUACUUUCUCAGCACGACGACAACGCCCCGCCUCGAGCCGACGUUUGUGAUCGCGCCGACACUGGUCAGCCUCCCGCGCGACGAGGGCGAGCGGACGAUGGACAUUGUGAUCCUUAGGCCGCUCCGCGACCCGGCUGUGCGCAAGGCGAUCGCCGACGGCAGCGACGCCGGCGUGCAAUGGGCCGCCCGCGCCAAGGAGGUGCUGGGCGGCGCGUACCAGGACGGCCGGCACGUCGGGUUCACGUACGGCCCCGAUGGCGGGCCGGUGGAAGACGCCGGGCCGGGCGACGUCGUCGUGGAGACUUUCCGCGCAGCCGGGUUCGUGUGGCGCCCGACAGACGACACACACGCCAAGAGCCACAUUGUGUGUGCUGACGGCUCGCUGUACGACAUUGCAAAGGGCGGCGAGGCGCGCGCACAUGUUCUGGGAUCGGAGAAGGGGGACAGGGCUACCGCCGAGAGCGGGUUCUGGGUCUGGGGCUAGGCGCUGUGGCGGGACACUGUAGCGCGAGUAGAUGCACUUCACUUCUUGG